CUCAUAUUUUCGACGAUUAUUGCCGUAUUUUGUGCAGCGCAAGCGUUGCCGGUCGAGGUCAGCGAUGUAGGUGUCGAAAUCGCAAAACAAAGACUGGUGAAAUUCCCUGAUGAAGAUUCGACGUCCCGCACGGAUCCCACCAGUAAUAGUUCCGACACAGAAGUGGCCAAGUUUGAUGAGGCUCAACGCAUCCUGCACGAAAUAGAGAAGAUUAACCACGCAUUUGGGUAUGUUCGGAAACAACCUGAACAGUCCAAGCUUCCACCUAUUCUGGACUCAAGCCAGUAUCUGUUUCCCAAACCGGCAAUGCAACCCUUCCAUCAGCAAAAUCAUCAAACAUCUGGCAUGAAUGGAGGAACAAUACUAAUUCCAUCUAUAAGAUCCGUUCCGCUGCACAGUCAAUACAUAACUCCUUAUACAAAUUCUAAAUCCAUUGCCUUUGAUGCAGCUCCGCCCAAGCAUCCACACGCCAAAACGAUUGAAACAAAAUACAAUACACACAUUUCCCACCCGAACCAGGCAGCGCUACCAACACUGCCAGAAAUCGACAAACAAGUUAAAUUGCGUACACAUUUCCUAAUACCGGUACGUCUCUACAGACUCAGUAAAGAUGAGUAUAUUCAUAUGAACGCACCUGAAGAGUAUCGUAUGAAGGGAUAUAAAAUUGUCGGUGAUAUUGGCGAUUUCUAUGGCAAAGCUAUUCAAAAGAACAAGUCAUCGACAGAUUCAAAAUCUAAAUACCCAGCUAAAAGCCAUCUAUUUUUUUUACCGAGCGCGGUAGCGUCGAACGAAGAUUCGCAAAGCUCUGAAAUAAAAUUAAAAGCAAAGGAGCAAUCAUCCGAAAAUAGUUCGAGGGAGGAAAAGGUGAUUGGCAUUCAAAGGCCUUAUAAAAUACAAACGACAGCAACAAGUAGCAGCAAUGGCGGAGGUUCAAGUGCGAAUGUUACAACGCAAAUUAUUCGAAAACGCAUUAUACCUAAACCGCUGAGGGAAAAGGAACCUAGCGUCAGUGAAAUGAUGGAACAACAGACUCCUUUUGGUGGCAAUUCGCCAGCGGCAACCAAUCAAAACACCAACACCCACACCAAUAGUAAACCUAUAGUGAACAAUAGCCCAAAUCAAAACUCGAAUAUUUACAAUGUGCCAAAUAUUGGCACCUUAAAUAUCCCCAAUCUUGCUAACGUCGUUCGACCAGUUGACCUAAAGAAUUCUACCGCUGGCAAUGCGAUAAAAAAUGCCUUCCAAAAUAUAUUCAAAUUCCCAUUUCGCCAGGAGAACAAACCAGAUGCGAGUGCGGCAACACACGAGUCAAAUCAAUUUUUGCAAAUGCCACCCAAGCCUUUUCUAACAACGCAGGCCUAUCAGCCAGUACAACCGUUAUAUGAGGUUAUCGGACAACCGCAACAACCGCAGAAAGGGAGUGAUUAUCAUUGGAGUGACGAAUCGAGUAACAGUGCUUCAGAGGAUGAAGAGGACAGUUCCGCUGAGCAUGAGGAGAAACAAAUAUUUGGCAACCGACACAAUGCAGAGCAAACAACACAAAUGGAAGCUAUCAAGCAGGGCGGGAUUAUUAUUCAACGCUUGAAGGUGCGAAAGGGUGGAAUCGCAAUUGCGGGUCCUGGCGGUGUGGCGACCGCCGGUAGUGGUGGCACCGCUAUUGUUGGCCCCGGUGGCUUUGCGCUUACACAUCCACGAAGUCUGACCAUUGCUGGACCGGGGGCAAAGGUGAUCGCCAUUCCAUCUAGCGUGGAUUUGAAGGAUGCUCUCGAAAGAACCAACCUCAACGACCAAAGUAUUCCGCGUGAAGGAAAGAUUGUUGCCAUUGGUCCGACGGUUUAUUAUUCACCGGCGACGGGUGAAGCUGAUUACGUCUUAUGAACAAAAAUGCUGAGAAUAAAUUAUUGUUGUAAUUAAUUAAAAGCGUUAGAUCUAGUGCGUAUUUCAUAAUUAGUUGUAUAAAAACGCAAAUUAUACAUUAAAUUUAAUUUAUUUAAAAGUUUUAUAGCAUUUCAUUACAUUUUGGCAUGCUAUUAGUUAGACAACACUGAGCACUAAAUUUUCAUGAUUAACAUCACACCACUUAUCUAUUAUUAUUAAUGCCUUCUACCAUCUUUCGCACGCUAAAUACGCUAAAUCAUUCAUUGCCUCAGGUAGUGUUGCCAUAUAUUGUUAUUGUAAAUAUUUUGAACAAGGACUCAUGCUUCAUUCUGUUCGUACUCUCUUCCUUUUUUACAUUUGUGAAACUUUAUUUUCCUUCGUCCAUCCAUCGCCAUUGGCUUCCUACCAUUCACAUAAACUACA